CACCAGCUAGUCACGCCAGCAAUUCGCCCGCUUCUGGUCCGUGGUUGCCGACUGUUGCCGACUUCUGGUUCCGCGGUCAUGGUGUGUGGUAAAAGUAACACCAAACGGACCAGCUUCCUGCCACCGGUGCGGUACGAGUGGUCGAAGGCAUACCCGAUUCUGCCCCGGAACCACCUAGUCGCCCAUCGGGACACCCUGGUGAAGCAACCCUUCCGGCCAUCGUACGAAAUGCACGCCGGUGGGCCCGAGAUAGGCAGCCUCCUGGAUUGGACGUACGCCCGGAUUUGGCAGUGUGAAGUCGAUGCCUACCGAGCCCAGCGCUAUCCGAGCCCGGUGGAGCAAAAGAAGGCGAAGAAACGGUUCCCCAUCUACGCGAAGCGCAGUCGAUUGCCUCGGGGCACCACUGGAAACAGCGGGGACAGUGCAGUGGCCGGCAGUGAACGGUUCACGAUGAAACAGUUCCUCAAUGUUCCCGCCAAGGUUCAGUCGCACCACGACCGAUGCUCUCCAGCAUGGCGUCCAUGAAUGUCGUGAUGUUGGCCGUCCUGUUUCCAGUUUUGGUCACGUGUUGAUCCAAAUUUUAAAGUCCUUUUUCCUGUUGAGUCAACUCAGUGUCGUUUUCAAAUUAAGAAGUUCCUGCAAAUUCAUAUGGGUAGCACUGUAAAAGCUCGCCUCGUUUUAUCGCGCACCGCGAAUCCUUUUCCAGAGAGAGAGAGCUUUUCUCUCUCUCUCUCUUGCUCGGUUCAACAAAGUGUCAAAAUUCGCCGUUUGUUAUCGUUUUCCCGAAUGCACAUGGAAAUUAGUGGCCACCCAAGGAGGCACUGGGGUAGGAUGGCGGAAAGGGCCUCCAAAGGGCUGAUGAGAGAGACAAAAAGUGCUCCAAAUUAGUAGUGUGCGAAGGAGUGAAGAGUAAAUAAAAAAAAAUGUAUCCUUAAAACAGGCCAACGCCAGGAGGAUUGUCAUACUUCGUGUGUGGCUCGGUGUAUGGCAAAGUGGACGGAACGCGGGUUUUCGUUUUAUGAUUUCUGCUUUCCCUCAACGUUUUCCGUUAAAUGAAUGCAAUCCCAUAGUCUACUGUGAGCAGAAGGGAAAACCUUAGUUUGGAGUUAGUUUAGAGUUUCAUUCGAUACCAACCCC